AUGGCGGUGGCACAGUCGAGCAUUGGGACCCAGGCUUCGGCACUGGCCCGAGACCUGACCCUGAGAUCGUCGUCAGCAGUAACCCAGAUCCCCAAAUUCGUGUAUGGUACCGCCUGGAAGAAAGACCGCACGGCGGACCUUGUGUACAAAGCCAUUAAGAAUGGGUUCCGCGGUAUUGAUACGGCUGCCCAGCCCAAACACUACGAUGAGGCCUCUGUUGGCCGCGGCGUGGCCAGAGCCGUGACGGAAGGUCUGGCGAGGCGACAAGAUCUCUUCAUCCAAACCAAGUUCACGCCUCCAAACGGGCAGAGCGAAAUUAAGCCCUACUCUACUGACUCGCCAAUCCAAGAGCAAGUCAGGCAGUCGCUCCAGUCCUCGCUUGAGAAUUUCAAAGUCGACGACCAGACGCCAUACCUAGAUAGCGUCGUCAUUCAUUCUCCAUAUGCGGAUUUUGGAGAUACCCUGGCUGUCUGGAAAACUCUGGAGGAGUACACUCCCGACACCAUUCGUAACCUGGGCAUCUCCAACACUGACCUCGACACACUGAAGAUGCUUCAUGAGCAGGCCCAAGUCAAACCCGCCGUGGUGCAGAACCGGUUCUACAACGGGACGGCGUAUGAGGUGGAGCUUCGAGAAUUCUGCAAUUCUCACGGGAUUAUCUUCCAAUCUUUCUGGACUCUGUCUGCGAACCCGAAAUUGGCUAAAAGCCCCCCAGUACUUGACGUGGCCCAACUCGCUGGCGUAGACCGGGAGGUAGCCUACUACGCCUUGGUUCUGGGUUUGGAGGGUCUCAUUAUACUCAAUGGUACCACAAACGAGAGUCAUAUGGGUGGUGACUUGGCUGGCAUUGAUAAGGUGGGCACGUGGGCCGAGAAUGAUGGUGCCGACGACUGGGCUGCUGCCCUGGAGAGCUUCAAAGUACUCAUUGGCCAAAAAUGA